UUCUAAGUCUGUUAACAUAUAAAUCGAUAUACCCACUUUAUGAGAAAUUGUCCUAACCUACAUUAUAUGUCACCGAAUUGCACUAUUCUGCGUGAUCUUUGAUAUAUGCAAUUUGUCUACAGUCCUUCAAAAUGAGGUAGAAAUUUUCAUAACCCAUGUUUUUAUUUGAUUUUAGUACUCGAUCAUUUUGCUGACGAUCUUCAUCCUGCAAGUGGCCAUCGGAGUUUACCUCUUCCUCCAAAUUAAAGAUACACAUCAGUUCAAAUCAGCCAUCAGAGAGAAUGUUCAGAACACCUUCGAUAAGAGAUUCAGGAAUCCUGAGGCAAACGAAACCAUGAUGGUCACACAAAAAUUCUUGCAAUGCUGCGGUGUGGAUGGCCCAGACGACUACAACGGCGUAGUACCAACAAGUUGCUGUCAGAACUCCAGGGUGCAAUGUCCCAGCGUGAACAACAAUGUCUUCCACGAAGGAUGUGCGUCCAAACUUUACUACAAGCUGGAGAGCAGUUCGCAAGUUAUCGGAGGCGUUGCCAUUGGUAUUGCAGCAGUUGAGAUUAUUGGUGCCAUCUUCGGUUUGUGCUUGGCGAGCUCCAUAAGGAACCACUACCGAAGACACAUGUACGCUUAAGUCUACCUGAACAUCCAUUUUUUUCGUACAACGUCAGUGUAUUAUAAAUUUUUUUAUACGAGUAUAGAAAUUUGUCUUUUUUGAUAUUUUCAGAUGAUUAUACGGAUAUAGCUUUACAGUAGUUAUGAAUGUUCGCAGAUGCUGCCUGUAUUUUUAUAUCACUAUAUUUUGUUUUUUCUAAAAUUUUAUAUGUAAUGUUUGUUAUAUACAACCUGUCGUAACGACCGAACUUUAACUCCACACGCAUUUCAGGUACGUCUGACCAAUCUGGCUUUACAUUGGAUUCUUUUUCUGUCAAACUGAAAACGCCUAAGCCUACUGUAAUAAAGAAUGAUAAAAUUGACGAUUUUUUGGUGCAAUUUAAACGCAUAGCGGUCCGUAAACAAAGAAUUAAUUGUGAAAUCAAAAUCGAUCGAUUUGUCAUUGGAUUAAAACAAUCGUUUUUGGUUUUUGGCGUUUUCUACUUUGUGUUUCUUUACUGACAUUAUUGCUCCAUCUGUUACAUUUGAAAAUCGAGAAGAGUUAUUACAAAAUGGAAAAAAUGACGCAAUAUGUUCGUACAUAUGUUUUUAUUUUGUUGAAUUACUCCCUCUACAUACAUAUGUGCAUAAAAAUGCUAGUGCGGUUAAAGUGAAAUUGUUACAUUAAUUGAAAUUAAGAUAUAGUAGUUGUUAAGAUAAAGAUGAAUAUGCAUUAUUAUAUAUUAAUUUAUACGUGACCAAUAAAUCGAAACAGAAACAUAAGCAUUUAGUUUAUUUAAAUCAUUCAUGCUUUAAAUAUAUCUCAAACUGUUUUAUCAAGCCCCAACUCCCUGGGCUUCUCAAUAGACUAUUAUCCUUCGGUCUCGUCGAAGUAAAUACUACUUGUAGUACCAUCGUAUCUCACCAAACCCACGUGUUCAAGGCGCGCACGCAUCGAAAGAAAGCGGUACCGCGCUCCCCUACCUUCCCCCUCUCCGGCCGCCUAUAAUUCCUGCUCGUCAAACGGUUAACAUGUCAAUCCGGCGCACCGAUUUUUAGUGUUUCCGCACUGUCGAGGAAUCGCUAUUAGAAUUACAACAGGACAGAAGGUUGGCCGAUAGAUGUGCAUUGUCGGCGAGGUUCCUUUCGUCGCAUAGCAAAAUUAGAAAGCAUACUGUAAUAAAGAAUAAUAAAAUUGACGAUUGUCUGGUGCAAUUUAAUGUUUUUUCGUCAAUAUCACAGCGAUAUCCGUAAACAAAGAAAUAAUUUUAAAACCAAAAUCGAUCGAUUUAUCAUUCGAUUAAAACAAUCAAUAAUGUUUUUGGUUUAUGGUGUUUUCUACUUUGCGUUUCUUUAUUGUCAUGACCGUUCCAACUGUUACGUUUAAAAAUCGAGGAGAGUUAUUACGAAAUAGAAAAACUACGCGUAGAAAAUAUUAUACAGGGUGACCCAUAAAUCCUUUGAGCAAGAAAAAAAGGAAUAAAACCAAACUAGUUACAUUAUGAAGAAUUAUUAUAUUUUGUUAUCAUCUUUAUUGAAUGGGAAUUAUGUUUUAAAAAUCACAUCGUCUAAAU